GUGAAGGUUGUUACUUUCAGCUAUAAAGACCUGCACCAGCCCACUGCAUUCGUUGCUAGUGUCGUCGUCAUGCGUUCCUUGAUUGCCUUGAGUGUACUUGUGGUGCUCGCUGCCGCUCGGCCCGAGUCGGUGCCGCGGGAGCAGCAGGACUUGCCGGACAUCGAUGGGGAUUCAGUCCAGAGCGUACUGAGGUUCCUGCCCGUGAUCACUGAGAGCAUCCGCGGAUCUGACAGAUCCCAGGCAGUCCAGAAGAUCGGAUCCGCCGUUGCGGAGAUCAUCAAGGAGAACGCACCUGAGGAACGCAAAGAGCAGAUCGAAGGAAGCGCGGAUCUCACAAACGCGAUCCUGUCCGCUGUUGGGGAUCUUGUCAAGGACGUUCCCGCAGUCGAUGUCCCUGAGAUUGUCAUCCCUAAGGUCGUGAUCCCUAAAGUCGUCAUCCCCGAUAUCCCUGAAGUGAAAAUCCCUGACUUCGAAAUCCCGGAUUUCUCUAAGACUGAUUUCAGUAAGCCUCAGGAAAUCGUGAUUCCUGAAAUCAAAGUUCCCGAUGUUCCUGAAGUAAACAUCCCCGACAUUCCAGAGUUUAACGCACCUGAGAUCGUGAUCCCUGAAUUUAAUAUUCGAGUUGCAUAAGAAGUUAAAAAAAUCGGAAAUUCAUAUUUUUGAAUUUAGUUUUUGUCCACAUGUUUGCGUCAGUCUAGCGCGAUUCAAAACUAUUUACAAAGCAUUGCUCAUUUCAUGAAGUGUAAAAAUGUUUGUAACUCAAAUAAAGAAAAAAGUAAAAAAACUCCUGGCGUAUUUUAUUGGGGGGAAAAGUUAGUAAUGCUGACACUGAAUGCGCACAAACUGCAAUUUUACCAAUUAAAAAUGUUUUACACGAGUGGGAGAAAUGUUAUUACAACGGUAGAGUUCUUUCUAUUAAUUUAGCAUUCGAGUCUAUUACAAGCUCCGGUUGUUCAUCCUUUGUUUGCUUCAGUGAUAAAUUCUGGGAAUGUUUGGCAAAGUUUAAGAUAUAAAUAAAAUUUAUUCACGAUUA